AUGGAUCAGGCUGCUAGCCUACUAGAGGAUGGAUUGCGGUUCAUUCUCAAGGUCUUCUCGCCAUCACCCCUGCUGAAGUGGUCAUCCAUACUACCAACCGAGAUUCUGUCGCAAAUCAGCUUAAAGCUCAUCAAUGACUUAACAGAGGAGCAUUUGGAUAUCACCACUGUCUACUCAGAGUACAUUCAGAAACUCUGUAUCAACAGAACCCUCGCGAACGAAGUAAUUAUCCCGACAGAGAACCAAGUUAUCGACUCAGGCCACGGAGUUACUACCCCGACGAGAGAGAACCGAGCUAUCGCACCACGCAACGGAGUUACUACCCCGACGAGAGGGAACCGAGUUACCGACCCAGGCCACGGAGUUACUACCCCGACGAGAGAGAACCGAGCUACCGACCCAGGCCACGGAAUAUCGUUCACAGACGGGCCGACCUUGACGACACAAGGGCUUAUCCAGAGUAUGGGUACCUCAGAGACCAGAGUGCGGGCCCAAAACUAUCCUCGACAGAUACCAGAGGCUUCCGAGGGCUCCUGGCUAAACCAGAAUAAGACACAGACAAGAAAAGACACUCAGGAACAAGCGAUUUACGCCUUUACCAUAGUUACGAUCAUAUUCUUGCCGCUUAGUACCGUCGCUGGCAUCUUCGGCAUGAAUACAACCGAUAUUCGAGAUAUCGAGUAUGGUCAGUGGCUGUACUGGGCCACGGCAGUUCCAGUGACUGCCUUGGUAAUUUUGGGCGGAUUAUGGUGGAUGGGCGAGCUUGGAAAUGCAGUUCUAUGGCUACUCAACGUGCGACGGCCCUCGCAGAAGGACUUGAGAAACGUCGAACGCUUUGAGAGCAGAACCGAAAGUUCCGAAGACGAUUUACCACCACCCCAUGUAUAUCGUGAGUAUCGUGAAAGAAUGCUGAGGCGGGGGGUUUAG